UAGUUCAUUAUGUUCUAAAGAGUUCGAUUCCGUGUAUCCCUCUCUGAAUCUCGUUAUAUCGUAAAUUAGCAGAAAAAUGUCGAAUAAAGAAAGAUAUACAUAUAUACAGUCUAUUAUUUUCCCUUUCCUAUUCGGAUGUCUUUUCGGACUUUUUGGAUCGGUUGACGGUGCUAUGACCAUCGAGCAAAUGCAAAAAACCGCAACAGGAAUUCGUAAUACUUGUAUAACGAAGACUGGUGUUAAAGCAGAGCUUGUGGACGGAAUGAAGACUGGCCAAUAUCCGGAAGACCACGAUCUACAGUGCUAUACGCAGUGCGUUAUGAAAACAAUUCGUACGUUUAAAAAUCAAAAAGUGGACGUGGAUAUGGUGAUCAAGCAAGUCGAGAUGAUGAUGCCGAUCGAAUGGCAAGAUCAAAUGAAAGCUGCGGCAAGAAAGUGUGGAGCGUUGGAACCCUCUGACGACAUAUGCGUUACGGCCUUCAACUACGUCAAAACAAGCUAUUCGUUGGAAAAAAUGAGGGCUACGAUUCUUUUAAUCUCGUUAUUCGUCGUCCUGGCGAAUGUUUAUAAUGUGGAAAGUAAAAAAAUGAAUAUGGAUCAAAUAAGAAACGUAGUAAAAUCUGCGAGAAAAACUUGCGCAAGUCAAAUCGGUGCUUCGAAAGAAUUAUUGGAUAAUGCAGCACAAAAAGGUGAAUUUCCACCCGAUCCAAAGCUUCAAUGUUACCUUAAAUGCAUAAUGGUAUUAUCCAAAGCUAUGAAAAACGAUCAAUUACGGCCAGAAGUAAUGAAAACACAAGCCGAAUUGAUGUUAAUCGAAGAAAUAAGCGAACGGAUCAAAGAAACAAUCGACAAAUGUUACCCGAGUAUAACCAGCAGCGAUGCGUGCGAAGCCUCAUGGCAAUUCGCCAAGUGUUAUUAUGAAACAGAUAGUUCGAUUUAUUUUAUCCCAUGAAGAAAAUAUCCUCAACGUAUUCACGAACAAAUUCAAAACUUAUCUCGCAGAGAUGGCAAAGAACACGGUUUAAGAGAACUUCAGUUGCGAUUUGUAAAAAUUCAAGAACUAAACGAAAUUGUAGAAGAGUUUAGAUUUUAGUUUUUAUUA